GGUCUGCCGAGGUACAAUGCGGCGCGAGUCGGAUGCUGAACAUUCCUGUGGACCCCGAGUUAGCAAGAGGGUCUGGGGCCGAGCGCGAGGUGGGACGAGCGGAGACGGCGUACGUGCCCUGCGUGAGUGCGUGGCGGCGGCGCGUGCGCGAAGUGAGUGGGCGGUGUGGCCGGGUCCACGUGCGUCCCUCCCCGCGACCACCGCCGCCUUGAGCCAGGCGGCUCCAUGACCCGACUCACCCCGGCAUCCGCUCCAGUCCCCUAGCGGCCCUUCCCAGUCUCCGGUCCCACAGUGUCUGCAGCCUCGGCCGGCGGCCCCGCAUUGCCAUGGUGACUGUGGGCAACUACUGCGAGGCCGAAGGGCCCGUGGGUCCGGCCUGGGUGCAGGAUGGCCUGAGUCCCUGCUUCUUCUUCACGCUGCUGCCCUCGACCCGGAUGGCCUUGGGGGCUCUGGCCUUGGUACUGGUUCUUCCCUGCAAGCGGGGGGAGCGGCCCACCGGCCCCGACGCGCUGUCUUGGGGGCCCGGCCCUCUGGUCGCUCCCUACGUGCUGCAGCUGUUUCUGGCCACACUUCAGGCGUUGCUGCCCCUGGCCGGCCUCGCUGGGCGGGCAGGCACUGCCCAGGGAGCCCCACUGCCAAGCUACCUACUCCUGGCCUCUCUACUGGAGAGUCUGGCCAGUGUCUGUGGCCUGUGGCUACUGGUGGUGGAGCGGAGCCAGGCACAGCAGAGUCUGGCAAUGGGCGUCUGGAUCAAGUUCAGGCACAGCCCGGGUCUCCUGCUUCUCUGGACUGUGGCGUUUGCAGCGGAGAACUUGGCCCUGGUGUCUUGGAACAGCCCACAGUGGUGGUGGGCGAGGGCCGACGUAGGCCAGCAGGUUCAGUUUAGCCUGUGGGUGCUGCGGUAUGUGGUCUCUGGAGGACUGUUUGUCCUGGGGCUCUGGGCCCCUGGGCUUCGCCCCCAGUCCUACACCUUGCGUGUUCAAGAAGAGGAUCAAGAUGUGGAAAGGAGACAGGCUCCGUCAGCAGAGCAGCGGUCUACCUGGCGAGACCUGGGCCGGAAGCUCCGUCUACUGAGUGGCUACCUGUGGCCACGGGGGAGUCCAGCUCUUCAGCUGGUUGUGCUCAUCUGCCUGGGGCUCAUGGGGUUGGACCGGGCACUCAACGUGUUGGUCCCCAUCUUCUACAGAGACAUCGUGAACUUGCUAACUGACAAGGCACCCUGGAGCUCCCUGGCCUGGACUGUCUCUACCUACGUCUUCCUCAAGUUCCUCCAGGGUGGCGGCACUGGCAGUACAGGCUUUGUGAGCAACCUGCGGACGUUCCUGUGGAUCCGGGUGCAGCAGUUCACUUCGCGGCGGGUGGAGUUGCGCCUCUUCUCACACCUGCACGAGCUCUCGCUGCGCUGGCACCUGGGGCGCCGCACGGGGGAGGUGCUGCGGAUAGUGGACCGGGGCACGUCCAGCGUCACAGGGUUGCUAAGCUACCUGGUGUUCAACGUCAUGCCCACCCUGGCCGACAUCAUCAUCGGCAUCAUCUAUUUCAGCAUGUUCUUCAAUGCCUGGUUCGGCCUCAUCGUGUUUCUGUGCAUGAGUCUUUAUCUCACCCUAACCAUCGUGGUCACCGAGUGGAGAACGAAGUUUCGCCGCGCGAUGAACACACAGGAGAAUGCUACACGGGCACGAGCGGUGGACUCUCUGCUCAACUUUGAGACGGUGAAGUACUAUAACGCCGAGGGUUAUGAGGUGGAACGCUAUCAAGAGGCCAUCAUCAAGUACCAGAGUUUGGAGUGGAAGUCAAGCGCGUCACUGGUUUUGCUGAAUCAGACGCAGAACCUGGUGAUAGGACUCGGGCUGCUCGCCGGCUCCCUGCUUUGUGCAUACUUUGUCAGCGAGCAGAAGCUGCAGGUCGGGGACUUUGUGCUCUUUGGCACCUACAUCAUCCAGCUGUACAUGCCGCUCAACUGGUUUGGCACCUACUACAGGAUGAUCCAGACCAACUUCAUCGACAUGGAGAACAUGUUUGACCUCCUCAAAGAGGAGACCGAAGUUAAGGACCUUCCUGGAGCAGGGCCGCUUCACUUUCAGAAGGGCCGGAUUGAGUUUGAAAAUGUGCACUUCAGCUACGCGGACGGGCGGGAGACCCUGCAGGACGUGUCCUUCACCGUGAUGCCUGGACAGACAUUGGCCCUGGUUGGCCCGUCUGGGGCAGGGAAGAGCACAAUCUUGCGCCUGCUGUUUCGCUUCUACGACAUCAGCUCUGGGUGCAUCCGAAUAGACGGACAGGACAUCUCUCAGGUAACCCAGCUCUCUCUCCGGUCUCACAUUGGAGUCGUGCCCCAGGACACUGUCCUCUUCAAUGACACCAUCGCCAACAAUAUCCGCUAUGGCCGUGUCACAGCCGGGGAUGAUGAGGUGGAGGCCGCCGCUCAGGCUGCGGGCAUCCAUGAUGCCAUUCUGGCUUUUCCUGAUGGGUACGAGACUCAGGUGGGCGAGCGGGGACUGAAGCUGAGUGGGGGCGAGAAGCAGCGUGUCGCCAUCGCCCGCACCAUUCUCAAGGCUCCAGACAUCAUUCUGCUGGAUGAGGCAACAUCAGCGCUGGAUACCUCGAACGAGAGGGCCAUCCAGGCUUCUCUGGCCAAAGUCUGUGCCAACCGCACCACCAUCGUAGUGGCACAUAGGCUCUCAACUGUGGUUCAUGCCGACCAGAUCCUGGUCAUCAAGGACGGCUGCAUCGUGGAGCGAGGACGGCACGAGGCUCUGUUGUCCCGAGGCGGGGUGUAUGCUGAUAUGUGGCAGCUACAGCAGCGGGGACAGGAAGAAGUCUCUGAAGACACUAAGCCCCAGACCACUUCACGGUGACAAAAGUUGUGGCCACGUUCCUCCCCAGGGCUAACUCAGAGGGGACUAGAUGUAACCCUCCCCUGGCAUGUCGCAUCCUGGUCUUGGGGUUUGGUGCUAGCUACAGCAAGGAGAGAAAGGGACUUCCAGAAAAGCACUUUCUGGGGAAAUAAAAGCAUGGACUGUAGAUGG